GUUUAUGAUAUAGAUUUAUUAAUUUCCGCUUCCGUUAGAGUUCUUGAACUUACAUUAUACUUUUAUUUCGUUAAACUAUAAAAAUGACUUCCGAUGAAAAACUAUGUGACGCUUUAAAAGCUACUAUUGAUGAUUUGAAUGAACACAUAAGCAACCAUCAAGAAAUGGAAGCCAUAGAAGCUGAAAACAAACUUCUUCGUGAAAAGAAAGCCGAGCUUAUAGCCAAUCUUAAUCGGCCAUCUUUAGCUACAAGGUCUCUAGUUAUGCUCCAAGACAUACAACUACGUCAGAAAAACUUAAAUCUGUUUCGAAAUGAGACAAGGGAGAAUUCAGUAGUUAGAUUUAAAGAUCGUGUUCGUGAAGCUGAUUCAGAAACCUCAAUACUAAAGCAAAAACUUAAAGGCAAUGAUAGUUUUAUGAAUUUGCCCUAUCAUGAGGUUUUAAAUAAAAUCCGUGGUAUCGAAAAUGAAACAGCUGAACAUCGCCUAGUAAUCGAAAACCUGAGCCUAACUGACCAACUCUCUGAGAUCGAACAAACUGAUGUCGAAGAAGCUGAAGAUGUUCGUUUCAUAGGAACUUUGAAAAAAUUAGCAGAGGAACAAAGGUAG